GUGUGAGGAGGUAUAACCUCAAACGCGUGAGUGACAAGAAGUGUGAACGCUUCAUUCGUACCAUUUGUAGUCUUAUACGUCAUAGGUAUUUCUGUGAAAUAUGUUUACCUACUUUUUUGACCACUUCGAGAUAGUACUGUUAAACUUAUCGUGGUUUUACAUAAUUAGCCUAGUAAUCUCAUUUUCCAUCGUAUUCCUAACCGCAUGGAUCUAUUUUGGGAGCCCAAGUGACAAAACAGCUGAGGUUCAAAACUUGAAUUCAAUGCUAGAGAAAGAUAUUUAUGAUGAGCACAACCAUGACGAAUCAAUGGAUACGGAGGAUGAUUCCCUGCUAGAAUAUGGGCUGCAGGCACGGUUUAAAUUAGCUCGACAAAGAUUGGUAGAACAAAACUUAACGUCCAAGCAAUUGAACAAGGAGAAAGAAUUGGAGUCACGUACUUUAGCAACAGCCCUUGAGUUGCUUAAGCAGAACAGUAGUGGAUCUGAAGUAUUUACAAUGGAUGAUUUAAAAGAACAGAUGAAGCUAUAUAAAAUUCAAUGAAAAUUGUCUUUUACUAAUUUGUUUGGUAUAAUUGUUUUGCAAGCACUACGUAUAGUCAUACAAUCAUAGGUGCACAUUGUAUACAUUAUCAUUAAGUUAUAACAAACAUUACAUAUCAGACAUCUCUUUGAAGCUGAAAUAACUUGACUAUACCAAUCAAUUAACUAAAACACGUAUGACAAACUUUAUAAAACAUUUUUGUACACAACAGAUUUUGAUACAUUGACAAUGAAAUGUUGAAAUGAUUCAGAUUUAGACAAAAAGUGAACCGUUGAUCAAUUUUAUUGUACCAUCGAAGGAUUAUUACUUUUGCAUAUUUCAGAAAUCAAAAGCAGUGUUUAAACUGUUGUUACCAUACAGAAAGAAAUUUUCAUACAUCUCAUAUUCAGUGAUAUACAAAUAAUGGACUCGUUUAUUAUAUAAGUCUUGUCGCGCGAAUAUCUAUUUAUUACUUAUUUCCGAUGUAAUAAUAAUUUUAAUGUUGUACUGUUAGAUUUAAGUAACCCAAACAUGUGUAUUACUGUCGUUACGUAUGUACAUUAAAUAAUUUACGAUUUGA